AUGAACGAAAGAUUGAGGGGGGCUGCUCAUUCGGGAAGCAUUGAUGCACUGUAUGCAUCAAUUCAGGAGAAUGCCCAUGUUUUUGAGCUUAUUGAUCAGAUUCCUUUUGUUGACACUUCACUACACCUGGCUGCAAAAGCCGGGCACGUCGAAUUUGUCAUGGAGAUGAUGAACUUAAAGCCAUCAUUUGCCAGGAAGCUGAACCAAGACGGUUUGAGCCCCAUUCACCUUGCCUUGGCAUAUGAACAAAAAGAGAUGGUAGAUCUUCUCCUAGCAAGUGAUAAAGAUCUUGCUUGUGUCAAGGAUACCACAACUCGAAAUGAAACUGCUCUUCACAUUGCAGUGCAAAGCAAUAGAUUCGACGCUCUUGAAGUCCUAGCAAAGACUGCACAGUGGCCUUUCAGGACCUUUCGUGACAAUAGCAAAGUUUUGGGAAUAGAAGUCCUAAACAGGAAGAACAACGAUGGAAACACAGCGUUGCACUUGGCCGCAUUGAAUAAUCAACCCCAGAUGAUGAAACUCUUAUUAGAAUGUAAAGUUGAUAAAAACGCCAUUAAUCAGAGUGGCUUAACGACAAUGGAUAUCUCACAAGAACAAAGCCAAGUUGACAAUAAAGAGUGUAUAGAGAUUCUACGCCGUGCCAUAAGGCUUAAAUGCUCAAUCCCUCCAGCUCCAUCGUUACAAGAUAAGUUAAGGUCGAAGCUGACAUUUCAUGAAAAAUUAUUUGGUGAAGCCUUUCGUGAAAUUUUUGAUAUCUCAGUUGAGCGGAGCAAUGCUUUGCUCGUGAUAUCAGUUUUGAUUCUAACAGCUACUUACCAAGCUACUCUUAGUCCACCCGGUGGGUUGGGGCAGCGUGGCAGUGGUGGAAAUAAUGGUUCCAUAGGCGCCGGCCCUGCCCAUCUGCUGGGGAAAUCAACCAUGGAGGACCCAACUUCCAAUCUCGGAAAAUCAAUGCCUAUUAGAAUGAAAGGGGUCAGAUGUGAGGCCAAAUAA